AUGGACUCCUUUAAGUCCAUUGACACUCCCAUUGCAACUACAACAAAGUUGGACCUUGAUGAAGAAGGAAAAAGUGUGGAACAAAAACUGUAUAGAGGAGUGAUUGGAUCACUAUUGUACCUCACAACAAGCAGGCCUGAUAUUGUAUUCAAGUGGGAUUAUGUGCAACAUUUCAGGAAAAACACUUCAGGAACAGCUCAUUUUCUAGGUUCUUGUCUGGUGUCUUGGGGAACCAGAAAGCAAAACUCAGUGGCCCUAUCUACAACAGAGGUUGAAUAUGUGGCAGCAACAUCAUGCUGUGCUGAGUUGCUAUGGAUAAGAUAA